GAAAAAGAAAAGUUUAGUGCUAUAGUGACUGGCAACUAUUUUUAAUGAUUGAUCUUUAAAAAUAUUUUUCUUGUAAUCACAAAUAAGUGACUUCCUUUAUAUACCAUAAUUAACUGUGCUUUGCAUAUCAAACUGAACAGUUUUGUGGCUGUGAAGUGUUUUGAAGUAUAAAGCAUAUCAUUUCUGUCAAUUUGCUUCUUGAGAUCAAGGGAUUGAGAGAGAGAGAGAGAGAGAGAGAGAGAGAGAGAGCAAUAAUAGAGAUAGUCAGAGGAGGAGGAGAAGAGGGUAUAGAGACGGGAUGUUUAAGGAUCUUUCUUGGUUCUUCUGAGACAGAUUUGCUUCAAACUGAGAUUGAAAGGUUUUGUUGUGAUGCAAGAUGGACUUUUCAGAGCAUACGAGGAUUGUGUUCAAUAGAAUUAAGAAACUGGAACCAGAGAAUGUUACUAAGAUUAUCGGUUAUCUUCUUUUACAAGAUGGUGGUGACCAAGAAAUGAUUAAUCUGGCUAUGAGUCCUGAUGUGGCUAUUCAAGAAGUGAUUUAUAAGGCUAAAACUGAACUUAAUCAAUUAGCCCUCAAAUCAGCAACAUCUCCAGUCUCGCCAUCCAUGAAUUCACCACCUGUUUCAGAUCUUCCUUCACAGUUCACUCCUUUCUCCCCUGUUUCAUCUCGGUCUUUUUUGUCCCCAGCAACAUCCUUCCGAGCCCCUUCUUCCUAUUGGGAAUCUCAGGUUGCGGCUAAGCAUAAUUUAGAUUUUGCGUCUAUGGGUUACCUGGAUUCUGUGUCUGAGCUCCAAAACCAAAACCAUUUCUUGAGUUUGGAGGAUCAAAUAGAGCCUGUCAACUUGGGAAAUAUGGUAUUUCCAAGUGAUUAUUUCUCCUCGGAUGCUGCACUGGGUAGUUUAAGUGCAAGGGCGGGUCGGCGGUAUUCAAGCUUAAAUGAAAUCCCAGUUAAGACUUGUCACUAUUUCAACAAGGGUUUUUGUAAGCAUGGAAGUAAUUGUAGGUACUAUCAUGGACAAGUCUCGGAGAGCUUUCCUCGAACAUUUGAUGCUAACAAUGAAGAUCAGCUUUUCUCACCAGGGUCACUUGAGAAGUUGGAGUUGGAAAUCAUUGAGAUCUUGAAAUCAAGAAAAGGAAAUCCUGUUUCAAUUGCUUCUUUGCCAAUGAUAUAUUAUGAGAAAUAUGGAAAAGUUCUUCAAGCAGAAGGGUACCUAACAGAGAGCCAGAGACAUGGGAAAGCUGGUUAUAGCUUGACUAAGCUUCUUAUUAGGCUGAAAAACAGUAUUCAGCUGAUCGACAGACCUCAUGGUCAGCAUGCAGUAAUUUUGGUGGAAGAUGCUCCAAAAUACAUGGAUAAUCGGGGGGACAGAAAUGACCCUGGUCCAAUUGUUAGUGGAUCACGGCAGAUAUAUCUAACCUUCCCCGCUGAGAGCACUUUUACAGAAGAUGAUGUCUCCAACUACUUCAACACCUUUGGAUCAGUUGAGGAUGUAAGGAUCCCCUGCCAACAGAAAAGGAUGUUUGGUUUCGUAACAUUUGAAAGUGCAGAUACUGUGAAGAUGAUUUUGGCAAAAGGAAAUCCUCAUUUUGUUUGUGGUGCUCGAGUUCUUGUGAAACCUUAUAGGGAAAAAUCAAAGCUUACUGAUAGGAAGUAUCAGGAGAGAAUUGAGCCUCCAUUCUAUUUCUCUUCUCAAUACGUAGAUACAGAUUCUGAGUUUUAUCCAAUGCGAAGAGGAUAUGAGACCUCAAGGUUGCUGAGAAAGCAGCUUAUGGAAGAGCAACAGGAGCAGGCUCUUGAAAUUCAGAGGAGGCGAUUUGCAGAACUGCGAACAGCUCAGAAGCCAAUGUCUAAUCAGUCUUAUUUUGGCUACUCGAUGGAGGGGCUUAAAGUCUCAGAAGAUAAUUUCAAUUUGCCAUCCACUGAACGUCUUAGUCAUCUAAUUGACGUUCUGAACAUUGGCUCAGUAAGUGAUGACACAUUCAGGCAUACAGAGACCAAUUACAUGGACCCGGACAGCCAAGGACUGAACUUACCAGAGAGCCCAUUUGCGUCUCCAAUAGCUAGCAGCAUUUCUACAGUCAUAUAGGUUCAGCACACAGAAGAAUUAUAGAGUUCAGAGUAACAAAGGCAACAGCAACAUCUUUGGUUUGAUACACAGCAGCACCUCUUUUUUUUUUGCGUUUUUCCUUCCAUUUUCCCUUUAACUUGUUCACCAAGGUUUACAGCAAGUUCAGAACAGCUAAUGAAGAAACAAGAAGCAUCUCCCUCCUACACGGGGCAAAGGAAGUAGCAAAGCAGAAUAUGAUACACAGAAAUACAUGUAAGAAGGCUACAGUUUUUCUAAUGUUAGAGAAACAAACAAGGCAAGAAGGUUUGAAUAUUAAGUAGCGAAGAUGUAAUUAGUUUUUAGCGGAACAAAAGGAAUUAGAACAUAUGCAGUGUUUGGAGAAGUUAAUGUUUAAAACCUCUGCAACACUCACUGAUAGAUGAAAAUGACUUCAACAGAAGGAUUAGAAGUUGCCCUAUACCAGUUUAGCAAAAGUUGUUUAUAGUUUUGCCAUUUUCUGUUUACACAGUGGGCAUGCUUUUGCCUUUCUUUUGGCUUAGGCACAAAGAAUGAUUAUCCUCAAUUCUCAAUAGUUGCUUGCCUGUUGGAGUUGAUUUUUUAUUUAA